CAGUCCACGUCACUUUUCCUCUACACUGACAAAAGGGCAAGCAGAGAAACUGUCAGACGCACCCGCUGGAAUAUCCUCAGUGUGCUUUCGGACUUUCUAACUCUUCAAUGAAGGACAAAAUGAAGAGGAAGGGUGAAGAUUUUGGAACUUUUUUUUUUUGAACAUCAGGAUGUUAUCAGGUUCUACUGAGGGGGUUCUGUGGAGUACUGUAUAGCUGAUAUUACUUUUAUUCAUGUUAGUAAUUCUCAGCCAGCAUGAGUCUGCCAGUGAUGUGCAAUGGCAACCGCUCACACAAGGGCCACACUGUGACUCCUAAAAGGGUCCGCUUUCAGGAUCUCAAUGAGUGUGAUGAAGUGAUCAGUAAUCCAGAAGACAUGGACACCCUGAACAGGAACAUUCCUGAUCAUGGCCGCCAGACACAUCAGGUGCUACAGGGUACUCCGUUGGACCUGAUCGAGACAGGCAAAACCCUCAAAGUCCAAGCAGAGCGCCCCCAUCUGGUCAGUUUAGGAAGUGGACGCCUGAGCACAGCCAUCACACUCUUACCCAUACCAGAAGGAAAAACAACCCUUGGCCAUGGAAACACUGACAUCAAUAUCCAGGGUCCAGGAGUGGCUUCCCUGCACUGUUAUAUUGAAAACCAGGCAGGAACCAUUACCCUCUUUCCCUGUGGCAACCCAUGCUCCAUGGAUGGCCUGGCAGUCACAAAGCCUGUACGACUGUCUCAAGGGUGCAUGCUGUGUUUUGGCCAGUCUGCCUUUUUCCGCUUCAACCACCCAGAGGAGGCUCUCAGGAUGAAAAGCAUGAUGCCAGAAGGAAAUGCUGGGCUCAGCAGCACCUACAGAGGACAUUCAGAGCCCCAUGGUCUUCUUAAUGGAAACCACCAGCCUGUGCCUCACGAGAGGUUUCGCCCCAGCCAUGGCCCUCUGGCCCACUCUAUAGAGAAGGACCUUCAGGACAUCAUGGACUCUUUAACUCUGAAUGACUCUCAGGCCUGUUCAACUGAGGCUGGAAAACACUCUGAGCACCCCAUCCCACACUCGCCUCUUUCCCCCAUGUUCAACGGAAGUAGCCGCUAUCUCCUGUCCUCUCCAGCCAGCCCUGGAUCCAUGUCUAUGGGAUCCAGCUAUGAAAACACCACUCCUCCUUUCUCUCCAGUUUCAUCUCCUUCAAUUGCCAGCAGUCCUGGCCCUUGUGUGGACCUUGCAAACUCUUCUUCACAUUCAACUUUCCACCAUCAUACAGUCCAACCACCAGUUCCUCAGCCACGGCAAUCAGCAGCUCGGAUUGGCACUAGCAACGGUGGGCGAAAGGUACAGGAAAGUCCUAGGCUUCCCAGAAAAUCCUUGACAGAUGCUUCACCAAGUCCUUCAGCCGGUCACCAAGGCCAAAACCAGGAUGUUCAGGUCAGAGGAGGUCCAGAAGGCUCACGUUCAGUUCUUGGUUUCUCUGGAGACACAGGCAGGGACAACAGGAUCAUGAAUUUCAGCUCCUCUGCCUCCUCAAGUCCUAGAUCCAGUGCAGGCUCGACUUUCCAGGAGAGUCCCACAGUUGAUAUUGGAGUUCAGUGCAUCCAGCCAAAUACACGCUCACUUGUUCCUCCAGAGUGCCCCCAGCCCACCCGCCGAGCGAUAGAACCUAACAGCACUCCAGUCCGAGAACGUCCGCCUCCCAGUCCCUCUACUCCACGUCGUGUGCUACAUGGAGUCCCAGUCCUACCUGGAGCCCUACCUGGGGUAUCCCCAACAACUCGAAGCCCAACAGGAAAGGGUGUACCAGACAGCCCUCGACAGCAUAGACGAGUCACAGUGGGCGAAGACGCCGGUGGAAUAAGGGGGCUACGGGCCAGAAGCCCUUCUCCUGUGUCUACUGUCUUGAAGGACCAAACUAGUAGCAGUGGGAGGCAAAAAGGGAGUGUUGGAGUUAAUCAGAGCCCAGGUUUGAGUACCCUGGUUGGAGUUUCUCCCCUCACCAGUCCUUGUAGUCAGAGGAAGAACCCCAAAGAAACAUGGACUGUCCAACCCAGGGCACGGGAACGUAAGAACAGCAUCUCAGAAAUCAGUGACAAUGAGGAUGAAUUGUUGGAGUACCAUCGCUGGCAGCGGGAUGAGAGGAUAAAAGAACAAGAAAUGGAGAGACUGGAGAGACAGAGGCUAGAGACCAUUCUGAGCCUGUGUGCCGAGUAUAAUAAAGGGGACCCUGUAGUAGACAUGGAGACAGAGAGGGCAGGUCAGUUCCCUGGGACAGAGGGCCAGCAACCUGGCCCCGACCUGGUGGGUGUGUCAGUCCAGCGCUCACAUGCUCACACACAUCGACUGGCAGAGUGUGAUGACGAGAAUCAGAAAGAGGAAUGUAGCAGCACUGAGAGCCAGCACCAGGAGCAUGAGGACACUGCCGGAAUGGGGCAGCAGGAGCUGGGUUAUCUAAUGGACGAACGGGUCAGGAUUCUGGCUCGAGUAGAGGAGCUAAAAGCUCGGGUCACUGAGCUGGAGCAGCAGCUACAGGAUUCUAGACAAGAGGCUGAGAUGGAGCGGGCAUUGCUGCAGGGGGAGAGGAGAGCUGAGUUAGAUCAAGUGGAGGCAGAGUUAGAGAUUAUCAAUCAGAUUCAGCUCAAACUGAGCGAAGUGGAGAAAAAUAUUCAGAGGGAGAAAGAAAAGGGGAGGGCUAAUGUCUCGGCCGAGCGUGACGUCCUGGCCAGGUUGAGGGAUGGGUACAGUGAGCUCAAGAGCCAACUUCACAAAUGCCCCGAGUCUCUGAGGGAGCACUUACAGGAACAGCUUGCCAGGAAGGCCGAGGCUCUGGAGUCUGGCUCAAAGCGCUUCGAGGACCUGGAGUUCCGCCAGCUGGAACGUGAGAGCAGUCUGGAGGAGGAGAAGGAGACAGUCACCCGGCAGCUGCUCCAGGAGAAGGCGGAGUACCAACACAGCGUGGCCAAGAGGAAGGAGAAAAUGGCUGCCCUUGAGAUUCAGGCCAAUCAGCUAGGCAUGCAGGCAGCUAAGGACUGUGAGCGGAUGGCUAAAGACCGAACCCUGGCCCUGCAAAUGGUGCAUAAGGAGAAGGAGAGACUGGCUACCCUGGAAAAGAGAUACCAGAGUCUGACUGGAGGGAAGACUUUCCCCAAUUCCUCUAACACCAUGCAGGAGGACGUUCUGCAUAUCAGUGAAUCUGACCUGUCCAAUGAAGUCCUUAUCCAGCAUCCCCCACUACCUGCUCCCUGCAUCCAAAGCUCCACCUCUCAUUCUUGCCCCAUCAGGCCUCAGGAGGAGUACCUGAGACUUUCAGAUGUAUUUAAGAUGUACGGUAGUGGUUGUGUCCCAACUCAAGCCACCUCUUUUGCCCCUACCACUUCCUGCCUUUCUCUUGCUGUAACACCAGAUACCCCUCGCGAGGAUUAUGUGACAGUUAGUCAGUUGAACCAGCUCUUCGGGAUGCACAAGGUUGAUCCCUACACAACGGCUCCUGUCCAAUCAUUCCAAGAUAUAGUAGCUGACCCUGUCCUCUCUAGCCACACGUCACAGUCUCACCCUUCCCAGUCUCUUUCAGCUGAGGCUGAGAGGAACAAGCCUCUGGUGCCCAGGCUGGAUUUAGAGCGCUGGUACCAAGACAUCAUGGCAGUUGGGGAUACUAGCCAUGCUUGUCCUCCCCCUCUUCCAGCUAAGUCUUUCUCCACACGCAGAAACAUGCAGAUGUACAGGUGUAUGCAGGAUGGAGCAAAUGGUACGUCCACACAACCCAACGCUGGAAUUGCAGGCAGAAACACUCCAACCAAGAGCCUUCCAGAUCUGUCAGCCUCUAAUCUGGAUACAGAGUCCAAGAAACUGGCUCUUGAGGGCAAAGGGCUCCAAACAUGUGAUGACUCCAGAUUUUUCACCACUGAACUUAAAGCAAGGCUCGAAACAGACCCGCAAUGCCAUUGGGGGGUGCCGCAGGGCUCUCACUCCCAGUUAAAUGGCCCAUUCCCUGCUCCAGCAGCCCCAAUGGUGCACCAUUCCAUCCUGCACCAUCAAGCACCCCCUGCAGGUGGCCAAGCAUAUGACACACUCAGUUUGGAGAGUUCUGACAGCUUGGAGACCAGCGUAUCCACUGGAAACAACUCCACCUGUUCACCUGAAAGUGGUAGCGGCCUGGCUGGGCUGAGGCUGGAGGAAAUGGAGAAGAUGCUGAAGGAGGCUCAACAGGAAAAAGCCAGAUUGGUGGAGAGUCGUGAGAGAGAGGCGCAGGCACGAAGGCAGCUGCUGGAGGAGGAGAGGAAGAGGCGAGAGGAGGUGGAGAGGAGGCUGCAGGAAGAGACCGCACAUCGGCAGAGAUUAGUAGAGGAGGAGGUCAAGAUGAGAGAAAAGCAAAGCUCGCAGGCUCGUCCAAUGACCCGCUACCUACCCAUCCGAAAGGAGGAGUUCGACCUGCGCUCCCAUGUCGAGUCCGCCGGUCACUGCAUAGACACCUGUCCUUACGUCAUCGUCUCUGAGAAAAUGUGCAAAGGCCACCUGGUGAAGAUGGGUGGCAAAAUCAAAUCAUGGAAGAAGCGCUGGUUCGUCUUUGACCGUCUGAAGAGGACUUUCUCCUACUAUGUCGACAAGCAUGAGACCAAGUUGAAAGGGGUCAUCUACUUCCAGGCCAUCGAGGAGGUUUAUUACGACCACCUACGCAGUGCCACUAAGAGUCCGAAUCCCUCCCUAACCUUCUGUGUGAAGACGCACGACCGGCUGUACUUCAUGGUGGCCCCGUCCCCAGAGGCCAUGCGAAUAUGGAUGGAUGUCAUAGUAACAGGCGCUGAGGGCUACACACAGUUUAUGACCUGAGGGAAAGCUGAGCGAACACUCAGCCGUGACAGCGUAAGACUGAGCGGGACUUGUCUAACAGGACGUCGGUUCUGUGGGAGGACUGAACUUUCCACUGAUAUCUGAACUUCAGACAUGCUGCAUCAGCCCACACCGACUGAUGAGUAUCAUCCAGAUCAGAAAAAUUUUGUAUGAUUGCAUAUUUAACCAGAAGGGAACAGGGUUCUGUUCUGUCAUGCAGAUAACAAGGUGCUCAAAAACAAAGUGCUCAGUCACCAAGAAAGACUAUUUUACAACUACAUAUUUUUAAAAUAUUCUAUUAUUUGUGUAAUAUAAUAUAUUUCAGUACCACUUUGGGACUAUCCAUGGCAACAGUUCCAUGCUAUUAUUUUCUUUUGCACACUUUUUGGAUUAAUUAAAAAAAAAAAAAAGGGAAAAAACAAAUUGUACUUUUUUUUAAUGCCAAAUAUUUAAAAACAGUUAUGCUUUUUAAGGCCUGUUUAGAGGUUCAUAUGUUGACUUUUAUCAAUAACAGUGUUCAUAGCACUCAAACUCUAAUCAUUUUUCCAAAGUAUUUCCUGUACUGGGAAGGUGCAUCAGCUCUGAGUCAGUUACACGUCCAUACUGGUAUAAGGUUAUAGUGGAAAAAAUGCUAGCUUAAUAUGAAUAUUAAUAAGCAUUUGGAUUAUGACGUUCUGUUUUAAGGAAAUGUGUAGCACGCUUAUUUUUUGUCCUCUGUGAAGUAAAAGAUAUUCGGACGCGAGUUAUCAUGUUAUCAAUAUUCCUGGAGUUUGUCCAGAUUAAAAUUUACAUUAGUUGAUAUUCAUAUUCUGUUAAAACUAAACAUUAAUACUUCUUGUUGUAUUUCUGUUUUUGGCACAAAAACAUGUCUGGUGGGGACCAUUUUUAUUUGCUCAACUGUUUGUUAUUAUACCAUGAGACUUGCCAAAGGUUAACUUCAUUAGUCAAGCAUUUUAUUCUGUCAACACAAUAAUGCACAGGUACAGUGAUGUGAUCCAUGUGAGUGUACUGGUUGUGAGUGUGUGGCCAUCUGUGCCUUGCAAAAAAUAUUCUCUCCUUUUUUUUUUAAUGCAGUAGUACUCCACUAUAAUUUUUUUUUUUUUUUAUAAUGUUUUAUUAUUUAUUUCAGGUUAAACAUCUUGCAGGUAUGUCACAAUAUUAUAACACAAACGUGCAUAUAAUAUGCAUACUAAUAUGCUAUUAUAUAAGCCCAGCGCAACCUCAUGAGCAUUAUAUUUAUACUUCUCACAUAAACAAUAUAUUAACAACAAGAAAAAUAUGUGUAUAUACAGUAUAUAGGCUAUGUGUCCUAUUUACACUCAUGAAUUGUAAUGACAGAAGGUGUGUACCAGGCCUAAAUAAAACGUGUAACAAAGCGUGUGAAUUGCAUCAUGGUGUUCGUUAUGUAGUCGAAAUGGAUAAAUAAUGUACAUUUUUAAUUUUUAAUAUUUAAUGCAAAGAUGUAAUGCACCAGGAUUUCACAGUUACAGGAUUAAUAAAUGACCUGCUCUCGCGCGCUCAUAAAAAAUAAGGCUUCUGCACCUGUCCUAAAGUUAGCAAGCUUUCUGUCACUUUUUUCUUUUCUUUUAACAGAGUGAAUAAGAAAGCCUGGAGACGAUUCCAGUGACAGACUGGACACAUUUGUACUGUUCACAUCGUUAAUUAUUUAAAAAGAAUGUGUAAAAUACGACUAUUGACAGCUUCGUUGCAUUGAAACCUAGUCUUUGGCACGUGGCUGUAAAAUGCAUGCAUGACAACCAGAUGUGACAAAGAGCAGCUCAAAUUUUGACAAAAUAAAAUGAUUUUACGU